AUGAAACGCUUAGCAGAUGGCGUUCCCGUAGCACCCUCCUCCUCCUCGUUGCCGCCCAAAAAACCCGUGUUCUUGACGAAAGCCCAACGCGAGCAGUUAGCCCUCCAACGCCGUCAAGAAGAAACUGAGGACCAGAAACGCCGUCAAAGUCAUGUUCUCUCCAAUCUCUCCCAUUCCCGCCCUUCCUCCGACGCCGCACCACCCACAGCCACCGCCAAUUCCGACCGAGACCGGGACCGGGACCGAGACAGAGACAGAGACAGAGAUAGAGACCGGGAUCAUAGGGACCGAGACAGGGACCGAUAUUCCAGAGACAGAGACCGGGAACGAGAUUCGGAGCGGCGAAACCGCGACCGCGACCGAGAUAGAGAGCGGGAGGAGGAGGCCAAGGUUCGAGAGCGUGCCCGCUUGGACAAAUUAGCAGAGCGCGAGCGAGACAAAGAGCUGGACGCCAUUAAAGAGCAGUAUCUCGGAUCGAAGAAGCCGAAGAAGCGGGUCAUCAAGCCCAGCGAGAAGUUUCGGUUCUCUUUCGAUUGGGAGAACACGGAGGACACUUCUCGGGAUAUGAAUGCUUUGUAUCAAAACCCUCACGAGGCCCAGCUCUUGUUUGGGCGAGGGUUUCGGGCUGGGAUGGACCGGAGGGAGCAGAAGAAGCUGGCUGUGAAGUACGAGAGGGAGCUGAGGGAGGAGAUCCGAAAGAAGGAGGGCGUGGAGGAGAAGCCCGAGGAGGCCAUGGCGCAGAAGCUCAAGGAGGAGGCUGCAGAAUUAUACGAUACUUUCGACAUGAGGGUCGAUCGCCAUUGGACUGAUAAGAAGCUUGAAGAGAUGACUGAGAGGGAUUGGAGGAUUUUUCGGGAGGAUUUCAAUAUUUCAUAUAAAGGGUCGAGGAUUCCGAGGCCUAUGAGGAGUUGGGCAGAGAGUAGAUUGAGUGAGGAGUUGCUUAAGGCUGUGGAGAGAGCUGGUUACAAGAAGCCUUCUCCGAUUCAGAUGGCGGCAAUUCCACUUGGGCUGCAACAGCGCGAUGUUAUUGGCAUUGCUGAGACUGGUUCGGGUAAGACUGCUGCCUUUGUUCUUCCUAUGUUGACUUAUAUUUCGAGGUUGCCUCCCAUUAGUGAGGAGAAUGAGGCCGAAGGACCUUAUGCUGUUGUUAUGGCUCCUACUCGUGAGCUUGCACAGCAGAUUGAGGAUGAGACUGUCAAGUUUGCGCAUUUCUUGGGUAUCAAAGUGGUAUCCAUUGUUGGUGGGCAGUCGAUUGAGGAGCAAGGGUUUAGAAUUAGGCAAGGCUGUGAGGUUGUAAUUGCCACUCCUGGGCGUUUGAUUGAUUGCCUGGAGAGGCGUUAUGCUGUUCUUAACCAGUGCAAUUAUGUUGUUCUUGAUGAGGCUGAUAGGAUGAUUGAUAUGGGGUUUGAGCCGCAGGUUGUAGGGGUCUUAGAUGCAAUGCCUUCCAGCAAUUUCAAACCUGAGAAUGAGGAUGAAGAGCUUGAUGAGAAGAAGAUUUACAGAACCACUUAUAUGUUCAGUGCCACAAUGCCGCCUGCUGUAGAGCGGCUUGCUAGGAAGUACUUGAGGAAUCCUGUUGUGGUCACAAUUGGCACAGCUGGAAAGACAACUGAUUUGAUCACUCAGAAUGUGAUCAUGAGCAAGGAAUCUGAGAAGUUUGAGAGGUUAAAGAGGUUGCUUGAUGAACUUGGUGAUAAGACUGCUAUUGUGUUCGUUAAUACCAAGAAGAAUGCAGACUAUGUCGCUAAGAGUUUGGAUAAGAAUGGAUAUCGUGUGACCACUUUGCAUGGGGGUAAGUCACAGGAGCAGAGAGAAAUUAGCCUUGAUGGUUUUCGAGCCAAGAAAUACAAUGUCCUUGUUGCAACUGAUGUUGCAGGACGUGGGAUUGACAUACCUGAUGUGGCCUAUGUUAUUAAUUAUGAUAUGCCUGGGAAUAUUGAACAGUACACACAUCGUAUUGGACGUACUGGGCGUGCAGGGAAGACUGGUGUGGCCACAACAUUCUUGACUAUGCACGACACCGAAGUCUUUUAUGAUCUCAAGCAGAUGCUCAUUCAGAGUAAUAGUCAUGUUCCUCCUGAACUGGCGAAACAUGAGGCCUCAAAGUUCAAACCCGGUUCAGUUCCUGAUAGACCACCUAGGCUGGCUGAGACAUCUUUGCCUACUGCUGGAACUGAAGAAUGUGGUGGUCACCUCCGACCUAGAGGUUCCUGGCAACAGAUCUAA